GUAUUCAAAAUUCAACAUGCUUUCGGGAUUCUCGCUCCGCCUUUCACAUUAUAAAAGGGAUCACCCUUUGACCUUAGUUUUUCUUUUUGCCUUUUUAUUUAAUUCUUAUUGAUACCAUCCGCAAAGAAAUUUUUAAUUCGUAAAGUAACUCUCGUUAUAAUAUUUUAAUUACUAACAUCAAAUAAUGCAGUUCCGAUCUUAAACAUCCUCAAACCUCUACGAAAAUCUGAAGCAAAAAGACUAUACAAUAGAAAAAAAAACGUAUUCACACACUCAGCACAGAUUACAUUUGCUUAUUUCUCUUACCUUUUUCUUUUCGUCGUCCACUUUUGGGUUUGUUUUAACAUAAAAAAGCAACAACUGUAUUAUCAGCAAAAAUGAAUAUCGAAGAUAGUUUGCAAGCUUAUUUCGAACAGCAGAAUGACAAGGAAGCUGCAUCAAUUGUCGCAGCAGUAAUGGCCUUACUUCCGUCAAAUACCUCGGUAAUCAGUUGGAAUGAUGAAAAAGAACAAGAAGAUAAUUCAAUGAAUGCUGCUGCUGAUAACGUGUUGAAUAAUAAUAACUUUUUAUUGACAAAGGAGUCUGAGAUAGCCGCCUUAAAGGAAGUGAUUGUAAAAUGGAGAAACAGGGCCUUUGAUGCUGAAUCAAACGCUCGUAUUUACUAUUUAGAACAAUUGCAGCUAAUUGAAUUACAACACGAAAACGAAUUGAGAGCGAUGGAGUCACGAUAUCAAAGAAAGUUGUAUGAGAAAGACGAUAUUAUCUCUACGUUAAGAGAUCAAGUGGACUAUUUAAUUUGCAAGAAAGAUCAAGCGGAAGACGGUGACACAGAAUCAUUUGUGUCAACAAUUGAUUAUUCUGAAGAUGCAGAUGAAGAACGAGAUAGCGUCUAUGAUAGAGAUGCUGAGCAGGGACUAGUUGUAGUAGAAAAUAAACCAGCCACUGAGUUGAAAUCAGAAACGAUAUUGGACAAUAUCCAGGUUACAAUGCGUGCAAUUGAACAGGAGUUGAGCUUUCACCAUUCGACAAAGGAAAUGGAUUUGGCAACUCAAACUCGUCGUCAUCGUAGAUCGCCAACUUACACCUCAGCCAACACAUAUUUCUCCUCAUCUACCCUUAUUGAAGCAGAAUCUGCAACCAACAAAAAAAUCAAAAAAUCAAGCUUUUUUUUAAAUCGUAUCUUUAAAAAGGCGUUUCCGAAACUAUACAAAAAACCACACAAUACCAACAUCAAUACCAACACUAUGAAUUUAAAAUAUAGUAAAUCAUUGCCAUCUAAUCCAUACCAAUUGAAAAAGAGAAACUUCCAUCACCAUAGCCAGAGAAAUUCAUCAGUGUUUUUCGACGACAGUACCAGUUUUCCUAGAAGUAGCACAGAUGAAACACUUGGUGUAUAUUCAACUACUAACUCAACUGAUUGUCAGAAGCCUGUUAAUGUUAUGGAUUUAUUGCCUGCAAUGAAUAAUAACAUGGUGCUGGUUUAGAUCGACUUUAAUUUACAUAUCUCCUAUCCUUUCUUUCUAUAUAUUUACCUAUUUAUGAAUUACACUCUAUAUUAUCUUAUCACUUUAUACAACUCCGCACAUAAAAUAUUCGACACUUCCGUUUUGAGCCAAAAAAAUAAAUAAACCUACUCUUUCUUCGUUCAA